AUGUCCACUCGGGCGACUGAGGAAUAUCUGGGCAUGGUUGCCACGAAGCUUCAGUUCCAACAACAACAUCUGCCUUUUACUUAUUUGGGAGCACCAAUCUCAAGAGGAAAGUCCAGAUGCCUUCUUUUUUAUGCUAUUGUUGCACGGAUACGGGACCGUCUGUGCCAUUGGAGCUCGAGACUUCUUUCGUCUUGGGGAAAGCUAAUAUUGCUGCGCCAUGUGCUCAUCUUUAUGCCUAUGUUUUUGCUGCAGGUGUUGGACCCGCCGCAAGCAGUGCUAGCAAAGUUGGGCAGGAUCUGUAAUAGUUUCUUAUGGGAUAAAGACAUUCGGUCCAAGAGCAUACACUGGGUGUCUUGGGAGAAGCUUUGCUAUCCAACGGAGGAAGGAGGACUAGGUUUUGCUCCUUCGCGGACAUAUGUUCUGCCUUCGCUUGUAAACUUUGGUGGCGGUUACAAAAGAGCGAUUCAAUUUGGGUGGAAUUUAUGUAUUCCAAGUAUAUCAAGGGGUGCCAUCCUACCCAAGCGCAGGUCUCCAAGCCUUCUCCGUCAUGGAGACGGUUGGCGAGCAUUAGAGACAUUGUGGAACAAAACAUUAGGUGGUGUGUGGGCAAAGGCUUUGUGGACUUUUGGUACAAUCGGUGGCUUCUUGAUUCUCCAUUAG